AUGUGUAGAAUGUCUCCUCUAUCUAUCCAAUUCCUUCACCCUGUGCAUCAUCAGUCCCUUCCUCUUAAGCGUAUUGAAAUGCAGCAACAGAUUGCAACCGUUCAACCUUUGCCAGUUAUAUCCGCAAAGGAAAGGCACAAAGUUAGUAUCGAACACGGAUCCGACAGUUAA